UGCAGAGCCCAGAUUUCCAUUCCCUUUAUCAUCUUUCUUGAUUCACUAAUUCAUACCUGACUUAGUUCAUCAGCACACAGUUCACAUAGUGAAAGAAGCAAAGUGGCAAAGUCAUUUUUUGAGAAAAUGGUUUUGACUCUUUCUCAUCUCACAUCACAAUCAUCACCACGCACAAAAGUCUACAACACGACAAAAGUUAAAUUACAACAAUAUCAGCAAAAGGAACAUGACUCUCUCCCAGCCCACCUUCAUAUAAUGCCUCCCAUCUGAGUUACAUUUUAGGUGCUGUGCCUCUACUUUUUCUCUUCUUGUUGUUCAACUUCUUUACUUGUGUGUGGCCUGGAUUUCAAAGUCAUGACAGCCAUUUUAAAGAUGGUAGCUUUUAUGGCUUUAUUUGGGCAAGUGUGCUUUUCCAUGAAGUGGGAUGAUUCUUUCUCUCAACUGUCAGUAGCUGACAGGAUAUCCCAGCUGCCUGGGCAGCCCCGAGUCAGCUUCCAGCAGUUUUCUGGUUAUGUGAAUGUUGAUGAGAAGGAGGAGAGGGCUCUCUUCUACUAUUUUGUUGAAGCUGAAACUGAUCCAGCUUCCAAGCCUCUGGUUCUCUGGUUGAAUGGAGGGCCUGGUUGUUCAUCUUUGGGUGUUGGGGCAUUUUCUGAAAAUGGACCAUUCAGGCCCAGUGGGAAUGCUGCCCUUGUCAGGAAUGAGUAUAGCUGGAACAAAGAAGCAAAUAUCUUGUAUUUGGAGUCACCCAUUGGAGUGGGGUUCUCUUAUUCUGUAAAUUCUUCUUCCUAUGAAGGCGUAAAUGACAAGAUCACAGCCCGGGACAACUUGGUGUUCUUGCAAAACUGGUUCCUCAAGUUCCCACAGUACAGAAACAGAAGCUUGUAUAUUACUGGAGAGAGCUAUGCUGGCCAUUAUAUUCCUCAGCUGGCAGAGCUAAUGCUCCACUUCAACAAGAAAGAAAAGAUAUUCAACUUGAAAGGAAUUGCACUUGGGAAUCCAGUACUAGAGUUUGCCACUGAUUUCAACUCAAGGGCUGAAUUCUUCUGGUCUCAUGGACUAAUAUCAGAUACAACAUACAAGUUGUUCACUUCUGCCUGCAAUUAUUCGCGAUAUGUUAGCGAAUACUACAGAGGUUCCCUAUCUCCAAUCUGUUCCAAGGUGAUGAGCCUUGUCACUACUGAAACCAGCAGAUUUGUUGACAAAUACGACGUCACUCUUGAUGUUUGUAUCUCCUCUGUGCUCUCUCAGUCCAAAGUUCUUAGUCCUCAGCAAGUUACUGAGAACAUAGAUGUAUGUGUGGAGGACGAGACGGUGAAUUACUUGAACAGACGAGAUGUUCGAAAUGCUCUUCAUGCUCGUCUUGUGGGAGUCAAUAGAUGGCUUGUUUGCAGCAACAUACUGGAUUACGAACUGCUUGACAUAGAGAUACCCACAAUCAAUGUUGUUGGUAGAAUAAUCGAGGCGGGAAUCCCAGUCUUGGUCUACAGUGGUGAUCAGGAUUCCGUCAUACCGUUAACCGGGAGCCGAAAACUGGUCCAUAGACUGGCUCGAGAACUGAAAUUGAGAACAACUACACCAUACAGAGUGUGGUUUGCGGGGAUGCAGGUUGGAGGCUGGACUCAGGUGUAUGGCAAUAUCCUCUCAUUUGCCACCGUAAGAGGGGCAUCUCAUGAAGCUCCGUUUUCACAGCCGGAGCGAUCCCUUGUGCUUUUCAAGGCCUUCCUGGAAGGCAGGCCUCUACCAGAAGAGUUCUGAGCUGCUUACUUCCUCCACCACAACAAGAUUUAAAUUGAACUGUAAGUAAAAAUGUUGAGGUGUAGGCCACCGUUAUCUCCCUGAUCAUGUUAAAAAGAAUUAAAUUUGUUGGUUCGUUGUCGAGUUCCCCAGAUUUCCCAUAUGCUGUAAUCCAAAAAUUUUGUAAAAAAUGUUUCUGAUAUGAAUGAAAAAUCAAUCAAGUCGAGUA